UACUGUGAUUUCUGGAACAUACUGCCUAACUUCUGCAUAAUCUAUUUUCUUGGGGAAAAAGUCCAAAUGAGUUGAUUGUCAUUUGAAAACGAAAUAAGGUCAGCAUAGCUAAAGCAUUUAAAAAGACUAGCCUACUAAACACUGGCAGAAGUAAAUAUGAAAGCUUAAUAAUACAGUAGUUGUGUUAAUGAGGCAGAAGCGUCUUGGAAUGGAGUGAAGGGAAUAGUACUACUGUACCAUUCCUUUACGAAAAUUAACCAUGUUUUUAUUGUAGUAAAAGUACUAACCAUGCUGGCGCAUUGAUUAACAUUUAUAACCAGUUUUACUACAAACACCAUGGUUAAGUUGUGGUUACCAUGGUUUAGCUCUAGUAACCUUGGUUUUUUGUUUUUAUUUGUAGUUAAAACAUGGUUAAUUUGAGUAAGUAGCCUAGUGUAAUUGGACUGUAGGUGCACAAGAGUAGACAGAUAGAAAAAAAGUGGUUCACUGAACGAUUUACAGUCACUUAAUAAAGUAUCUAAAUGUAAACGAUAUUACAUCUCUUGAGUAAGACGUACUGUUAGUGUUUAUUGUGUUCGUAGAGAAAAACCAGACUGACGCAGCGAGGACAUCUAGUGGACGUGCGCAGUCACUGCUUUUGCACAAUUGGGCUUGUUUUUAAGUGGGGUGACGUGUAACGGAAUGUCCAACCUUGCAAAAGAGAUUCAAUUGAACAAAGCUUCCUUCCUUGGGGUUCAAAGCCAUCACAGCGAGCACAUUCAUGCGAGCGCAUCGCGUUGCUCAUUUUGAAGUCAGACGCGUUUCAUUGGCCGGAGGACAGAGCUCUGGACGGGAGGGGCUUGGAUCCGGAUCGCAUAGUAAUAUCUCAUUCAUAAAUUACACAGGACUCUAGAGUAGAGCACUACUGUCUGCUGAGGGAAACCGGACAGUAUUGGAACAAUGCACUCAAUAAGAAAUGUCUUCUGUGGUCAGUGGAGCUCUUCUGUACGUCUUGAUGACAAAACAGUCAUAAUCACAGGAGCUAAUACAGGCAUUGGCAAAGAGACAGCGAGAGACCUUGCAAAAAGAGGGGCUCGAGUCGUCAUGGCCUGUCGAGAUCUGGAAAAAGCAGAAGCAGCCAGAAAAGAAUUAAUAGAGGAUUCUGGAAACCAAAACAUUGUGGCGAACAAACUUGAUUUAUCAGAUACCAAAUCCAUCAGAGCUUUUGCAGAACUCAUAAACAAGGAGGAAAAGCAAGUCAACAUCCUGAUCAACAAUGCUGGAAUCAUGAUGUGCCCAUAUUCAAAAACGGCAGAUGGCUUUGAGAUGCAGUUUGGUGUUAACCAUUUAGGUCAUUUUCUGCUCACCUACCUUCUGCUUGACCUCUUAAAGAAAUCAGCCCCCUCCAGGAUCAUCAACGUGGCUUCUGUGGCCCAUACGUGGGGCAGCAUCCAUCUGGAUGACAUAAACAGUGAGAAGGGUUACUCUCCACGGAGGGCUUACGGCCAGAGCAAACUAGCUAACAUCCUCUGCACACGCUCCUUGGCUAAAAGACUGCAGGGCAGUGGUGUGACUGUGUACUCCCUCCAUCCUGGUGUGGUGCAGUCAGAGCUGUUUAGGAACCUCAGCAAGCCUGUGCAGAUAGCAGUCAAGGUCUUCAGCCCUUUCACCAAGACCACUAUUCAGGGGGCCCAGACCACCAUCUACUGCGCUGUGGAGCCCAAGCUGGACAAUGAGAGUGGAGGAUAUUACAGCGACUGUGCUCCAGCACAGUGUUCAAGCGAAGCUUUAGAUGAUGAAAUGGCUCAGAAACUCUGGGAGCUCAGCUGUCAGAUGCUUGGCAUUACUUGGGACUGAUGGAGCAAUCCUCUCAGUGACACUGUUAUAAAAGCGGAAUAAAAGCUUUUGGACUAAUGUCAUAGAUAAUGGAAACUGUAGUGUUCAUACAAUGCCUGAAUGAAUGCACUGUUUUAUAUUGUACAUUGAAUACUCUUUUUAAUAUUCUUAUCCUUGGCUAUUCUGUGAUAAUUUCAGUAGACAUAAUGAACUGCUAUGAAUUCAAAUGUAUUUUGGUCUAUUAAAUCUUUUAUCUUUUAUUUGCAUUUGUUUCUUUUUGCCGAUGAGCUGCUGUAAUAUCCACAGUUAAUGAACUAAGCAAAACUGCUAAUCUGAAGCUUAUUUUCACAGGAUGUUUGCCUUCAUGCUAGCAUAUAAAAGUACGAAGCCCCCAAGGAGACAUGGUGAUGAAAAAAACAAGCAGAUGUAAGGAAAAAAUGUAUUUCAAUGC